CCAGAAAUGGGGAUAUGUGACCCUUAAGAUUAGACUGCCACCUUGGAUCUAAAUGAGUUGCCUUCCCCUCCCUCACAAAAAAUGGUGGGCAGGUAGGCCAUUCCAGUCAGGGUUUCUCUUUCUCUUAAGCUAAUGAUGAUCAAAGCAACUGACAAACUGUCACGGAAUCUGCCAGACCUCACUCUGGCCUUCCCUGCCUCCCAGCUCCUGAACUAUCCCUCUCAUCAUGCUCUGGGCCCAUUCUUAGCAAACUAACAGGUCACAGACUUCUGGUCUGCAAACAUCCUAGGCCUAUUGAGCUCUGGUCCAAGUGCCUGCCUCUGUCCCCUGGUGGCCUGAUGAUAGAGCUUCAUGGAGGUAUCUUCCAACCCCUCUGUCAACACUGACCCAGAAAACUACGUUGAAGUGAAUGAUUUCAUCACCCAGAUACCCUCUAAAGUGCAGAUACAAGAUAUUACUAUGGAGUUACACUGCCCACUGUGUAAUGAUUGGUUUUGUGAUCCACUGAUGCUAAGCUGUGGCCACAACUUCUGUCAGUCUUGUAUCCAAAACUUUUGGAAGCAGCAAGCAAAAGAAACAUUCUGUCCUGAGUGUAAGAUGCUAUGCCAAUACAGCAACUGUACAUUUAACCUUGUACUGGAGAAGCUGGUAGAGAAGAUUAAGAAGCUACCCCUAUUCAAGGGCCAUCCACAGUGCCCAGAGCAUGGAGAGAACCUGAAACUGUUCAGUAAGCCAGACGGGAAACUGAUAUGCUUUCAAUGCAAAGAUGUUCAAUUGUCUGGGGGGCAGUCUAAAGAAUUCCUGCAGAUCUCUGAUGCUGUCCGUUUCUUCACGGAGGAGCUUACUAUCCAUCAGGGUCAACUGAAGGCAACCCUGAAGGAACUUCAGUCCCUGAGGAACAUGCAGAAAGAUGCUAUUGCUGCUCACAAGGAAAACAAGCUACAUCUGCAGCAACACAUCUCCUUGGAGUUUCUAAAGCUGCAUCAGUUCCUGCACAGCAAAGAAAAGGACGCUUUAAAUGAGCUCCGAGAAGAGGGGAAAGCCUUGAAUGAGGAGAUGGAGCUGAAUCUAAGCCACAUUCAAGAACAGUGCCUCCUAGCCAGGGAGAUGUUGGUGAGCAUCCAGGCACGGAUGGAACAGCAGAACUCCUUCGACUUUCUCAAAGACAUCACACCUCUCUUGGAUAGCUUGGAGCAAGGAAUGAGGGUGCUGACACCCAGAGAGCUUAUCUCCAGAAAGCUGAACCCAGGCCUAUUCAAAGGUCCCAUCCAGUAUAUGAUGUGGAGGGAAAUGCAGUCCACUCUCUCUCCAGGCCUAUCUCCAUUAACUCUGGACCCUAAAACUGCUCACCCAAAUCUAGUGCUCUCUAAAAACCAAACCAGUGUGUGGCAUGGUGACAUUAAGCAGGUAAUGCCUGAUGAUCCAGAGAGGUUUAACUCAAGUGUGGCUGUGCUGGGCUCAAAAGGCUUCACAUCUGGAAGGUGGUACUGGGAAGUAGAAGUAGCAAAGAAGACAAAAUGGACAGUUGGAGUCGUCAGAGAAUCCAUCCUUCGGAAGGGCAGCUGUCCUCUAACUCCUGAGCAAGGAUUCUGGCUUUUAAGACUAAGGAACCAAACUGAUCUAAAGGCUCUGGAUUUGCCUUCCUGUAGUAUGAAACUGACUAACAAUCUCAACAAGGUGGGCAUAUACCUGGAUUAUGAGGGAGGGCAGGUAUCCUUCUACAAUGCUAAAACUAUGACCCACAUUUACACCUUCAGUAGCACUUUCAUGGAGAAACUUUAUCCCUACUUCUGCCCUUGCCUUAAUGAUGGUGGAGAGAAUAAAGAACCAUUGCAUAUCUUACAUCCACAGUAACUUGUCAUACUAUUGUAUAAAUUCAGAGUAUUAUUAAAGAGGUAUUGAAAUAGUU